AUGGGUGAAACAGAAGACAGGAAGGCUGCAUCUGUGAAUUCAGAGGCGCUCAGCCCUUCUCCUUCCAAGAGAAAGCAGCCAGUAGACCGGAACGGAAAAGGGAAGGAGAGCCUUCGAAAAGGCCACCAAGGAAGGGACCACCUUCAAGAGAAGAGGAAGGCGAGCCCACCUCCCGCCAGAGAGAGAGGAAGGGACAAGCCUGAGUGUACCCCAGCAAAACAACACUGGGCAAGACAUUCUCGGCACACAAAACCGCGUGUCAAGGACAGAGGCCCCACCUAAGAUCUCCUGUGAGUUCUCAAUCCUAGCUGCUCUGUAGACACCGGCGCUGCACCACACAACACUCCCAAGAGGCGCAGACAAUGUUCUCCAGAAGCUGCCUCAUCCAGGGCGCUCUCACCGCUAUCCAGAGUCAUCAUCCACGUGGGUGCCUUGGAAGUGGCCCUGGGAGACCUGCAGGCCCCCGGAGGGGCAUUCCUGCGUGUGCCCUUGAACAGCACGGAGCCCACCUUCUUGCAGCAUGCCUGGCUCACAUGGCAGCUGGCGCAUGCCAGGGCAGCUCUACACUGGUUACUUUACACAGUCAGUUCCAUCUUGGCUGCGCGGCUCUGGCUGCCCAGAUACACCUAG